CGCCAACAUUGUCGGUCGGUGCAGUGCAUUUAUUUUAGUAUUAUUAUUCAAUCGAAUUGUGAAAUUUUCAAGUGAAUUAAAACAGUUCACUGUUUAAUGAAAAGAGAAAUGUAAAAAAACAUCGUUUGGAUGUUUUUCUUGUGAUUUUGUACUGGAGUAGAGUAGAAGCAUAAAUUAAAAUUACAUCAAACAUACAUUGCUGAUGUAUUCAGUCUAUGUGUCAUAUUUAUAUAUAUGGUAAUUUACCUUAAUUGUAUCUAUUUCAGUACCGGAGUUUGUGUUAGUGAGAAUCGAAAUUUAUUUUCGGGUGUGAGACUGGCGUAAUAUUGCAGUUUUUUUUCGCUUGCUUUCAAUAUCAUUUGAAAGUGUUCAUUGCACAAUGGCUAAUACUGGAGUGCUGCCGUUCGUACGAGGCGUCGAUUUCACCAAUAAUGAUUUUAGUGAUGGAAAAUUUCCAAAUGCCGUACGCUUGAUGAGUGGUGUGCAAUGGCUAAAAUUAGAUAAAACUCAAAUGAAGGAGAUUCCCGAGGAAAUGGGCAAACUGAUCAAACUCGAAAAUUUGUCAUUGAAAAACAAUCAACUUGAAAAAUUAUUCGGUGAAUUGACGGAACUACAAUCAUUACGGUCGCUUAAUCUACGACACAAUGAUAUAAAAUGCUCUGGCAUACCACCGGAACUAUUCGAAUUGGAAGAGAUAACGACUAUUGAUUUGUCAUUUAAUAAAUUGAAAUCAGUUCCAGAUGGAUUGGCGAAAGCAAAAAGUAUAUUGGUGCUUAAUUUAAGCCAUAAUCAAAUUGAGAGUAUUCCAAACUCGUUAUUCAUACAUUUGACUGACUUGUUGUUUUUGGAUCUAUCGCACAACAAAUUGGAAACGUUGCCGCCACAAACAAGACGUUUAACAAAUUUACAAACGCUUAUUCUUAGUGACAAUCCAUUGGAAUUGUUUCAACUGAGACAAUUGCCAUCACUUCAAAACCUCGAAGUUCUUCACAUGAGCAACACACAACGCACGAUACAAAAUUUUCCCACAUCUUUGGAUUGCCUCUCGAAUUUGGCCGAAUUGGAUAUGUCAAGGAAUUCAUUGCAAAAGGUGCCACUAUGUCUCUACAACAUGCCAAAUCUUCGUCGAAUCAAUUUAAGUGAAAAUGAAAUCGCCGAAUUGUCACCUGAGGUAGAAUUUUGGAAGAAAUUGGAAGUGUUAAAUUUGUCGCGCAAUAAAUUAACUGCUCUACCUCAGACGAUUUGCAAGCUAAGCCAAUUACGUCGAUUGUAUUUGAACGACAAUCAAUUGGAUUUUGAUGGAGUGCCUGGUGGCAUUGGUAAACUCGGAAAUUUGGAAAUAUUCUGGGCAUCGAACAAUAAUUUAGAAAUGGUACCAGAAGGCUUAUGUCGUUGUCCGGUAUUGAAAAAAUUGAAUUUGAGUUCGAAUCGUCUGAUUACGCUACCCGAUGCCAUUCAUUUGUUAACCGAUUUGGAACAAUUGGAUUUGCGAAAUAAUCCGAAUUUAAUAAUGCCACCGAAGCCGGUCGAAUUGCAAAAAGGUGCUGGUGUUGAAUUUUAUAAUAUUGAUUUUUCGCUUCAACAUCAACUUCGGGUGGCCGGCGCAGCAGUUCCUGCUGCAAUUGCAUCGACGGCAAAUACGCCAAAAGAUUCGACCGCACGUAAAAUUCGAUUGCGCCGUGGCCUUCGAAACGGAAACGAUUCCACCGAUAAAGAUUCAGCGAAAAUUCUCAAAGGCAUGAAAGAUAUUGCAAAAGACAAAGACAUGCAAUCAUUUGAUGAUGACCCCGUCAUUGAGAGCCUGAAACCGAAGCGAUGGGAUGAAUCAUUGGAAAAGCCGCCGCUUGAUUAUUCGGAAAUUUUUGAAGAAGACGACGGUCAGAUACCGGGUUUAACAAUUUGGGAGAUUGAGAACUUCUUGCCUAAUAAAAUCGAUCAAGUGAUUCAUGGUAAAUUCUAUCAAGGUGAUUGCUAUAUCAUUCUUAAGACCCUGGUCGACGAAAAUGGACAAUUGAAUUGGCAAAUUUACUUUUGGAUCGGUGCUGAGGCUACAUUGGACAAACGUGCCUGUUCAGCAAUUCAUGCGGUAAAUUUACGAAACUAUUUGGGCGCACGAUGUCGAACGAUUCGUGAAGAGCAAAACGAUGAAUCCGAAGAAUUUCUUGCUUUAUUCGACACACCGAUUACCUAUAUUGAAGGUGGCCGAACAUCUACCGGUUUUUAUACAGUGGAAGAUGUGAUGCACAAUACCAAAAUGUAUCGAGUUCAUGGCAAUGGUGCUUCAAUACAUUUGGAACAAGUUCAAUUUGAUGUGGAGUCAUUAGAUCCGCGAUACACGUUCAUCAUUGAUACAGGAGAGAAAAUUUUGAUGUGGUAUGGCAAAAAAUCAAAGAACACCCUCAAAUCAAAAUCACGAUUGUUUGCGGAAAAAAUAAAUAAAAAUGAGCGUAAGAGUAAAAUGGAUAUUGUAAUAGAAUAUCAAGGUGAAGAAAGCGAUGAUUUUGUAAAAUUGUUCGAAAUUGAAAGUGUUGCCGAUAUAAAACCAGUUGAAUAUGUCGAUGAUGAAUUUAAACCACUUAAACCGACACUCUAUCAAGUGCAACUUGGCAUGGGCUAUUUAGAAUUGCCACAAGUCGAAGUGCCACAACAGAAACUCGUUCACACCCUGCUAAUCAGUAAGAAUGUCUACAUUUUGGAUUGUGGAGUGAAUUUAUUUGUGUGGUUUGGCAAAAAAUCGACUCGGUUAGUUCGGGCUGCUGCAAUCAAAUUAUCACAAGAGCUAUUUAAUAUGAUAAAAAGACCCGAAUAUGCAACAAUAACGCGAGUUCAAGAAGGCAACGAAACACAACUAUUUAAAUCGAACUUUGCUGGAUGGGAAGAAAUAAUUGCGGUUGAUUUUACACGUACCGCUCAAUCGGUGGCAAAAACCGGAGCUGAUUUGACAAAAUGGGCUAAACAACAAGAAACUCGAGCUGAUUUGGCAGCUCUAUUUAUGCCACGUCAGCCGGCAAUGUCACACUCUGAGGCAAUGCAACUUGAAGAAGACUGGAACUAUGAUCUAGAAGCAAUGGAAUGUCUUGUUUUAGAAGAUAAAAAAUUUGUACGUUUACCAGAAGAAGAAGUUGGUAUCUUUUAUUCGGGCGAUUGUUAUGUGUUCUUCUGCAAAUAUCUGAUUGCACCAGAAGAAGAUGAAAAUGCUGAACAUUCUGAAGCACCACUGCCAGACGAUGAAAUUCAAUGUGUAGUCUAUUUUUGGCAAGGUCGUGAUGCUGGCAACAUGGGAUGGCUCACUUUUACAUUUACAUUGCAAAAGAAAUUCAAAGCCAUGUUUUCGGAUGACCUUGAAGUCGUUCGCAUACAUCAACAACAAGAGAAUUUGAAAUUUAUGGCACAUUUUAAGCGGAAAUUCACGAUUAAAACAGGCAAACGAAAAGAGGUUGUUGAUCCAAAUAAUAAGAAGGACAAAGUCGAAUUUUACCAUUUACGUUCAAAUGGUAGUGCUCUCUGUACACGAUUAAUUCAAAUUCAACCAGAUGCAUCACAAUUGAAUUCAGCUUUUUGUUACAUUUUGUUCGUGCCAUUUGAAGGAUCAGAAAAUGAAAAUUCGGGCAUUGUCUAUGUUUGGAUAGGUAACAAAUCGACAGCAGAAGAAUCAAAAUUGAUUCAAGAAAUAGCUGAAGACAUGUUUAAUAGUCCAUGGGUUAGUUUGCAGAUUUUAAAUGAAGGCGAAGAACCAGAGAACUUCUUCUGGGUUGGAUUGGGUGGACGAAAACCAUACGAAGAAGAAGCGGAAUUUAUGCAAUAUAGCCGACUGUUUCGGUGUUCAAACGAAAAAGGUUAUUUCACCGUUGCUGAAAAAUGUUCGGACUUUUGUCAAGAUGAUUUGGCCGAUGAUGACAUUAUGCUAUUGGAUAAUGGAGAACAAGUGUUUUUGUGGUUAGGUUCAAGAUGCAGUGAAGUGGAGAUUAAAUUGGCCUACAAAUCGGCACAUGUAUACAUUCAACACAUGCGAAUCAAACAACCGGAACGACCGCGCAAACUAUUCCUUACGCUCAAAAAUAAAGAAUCAAAACGGUUCACAAAAUGUUUCCACGGAUGGACCGCACACAAGAAACAACCAGAUUAAUUUCUAUGUUCGUUUAUACAUCGACAAUUUUCAAAGCGCCCCACACAAACACACAUCUAUAUACGUUUUUUUUUCUCUUUUUUAAACUUUUAUUUAAGAAUUCAUUCAUUGGCCCAAAAGCCGGCUGCAAUUCAAUUUUUGAUAUGUAUUUAUUUAUGUAGAUAUAGAAUUUUAUUCACAUUGUGUCAGCACAUCGUCAAUUUCCUCUUUGUCAUCGAAGCAAUUUUAAUCGAAUCGAAUAAAAGUUUUUGCAUGCAUACAUGGAUUAUCAUUAUGGUUUUUCAUUUUCUCUCUCAUCAUAUUUUACACACAAUAAAUGGGCACCUGACAAAGGUCGGUCUCACAACCAAAUUUUGUAAGGGAAUUUAGACAACUUUAUAUAUAAUGACUUUAUCCGUUCUCACACUAGAUCAUUGUCGUUUGAAACAAUAGCAAUAUUUUCUCAUUAAAAGCAGAUGCGCAUUUUAUGUGCGUGUCACUCAACUCAUCACGAUAUUUACAGUACAUCCAGCAUUGACAUAAUAUAGGGGAGAAUGCAUUAUUGCAUAGUAACGAUAUGACAUUAUUUUAUAGUGCAUAAAUUACAUUGAAAUUGACACUGCAUACCGUUUCGCAUCAAUUGUUUUUCAACAACCCUAUUUGAUAAUUAUGAAACUUAGGGCCACGCAACGAAUAUUCAUAAUGACCAUUUCAAUUCACCAAAAAAUCACAAAAUUCAUAUACCGAACAUUCAUCUCUAACUUAUUUGUCGAUAAAGUAUUUAAAAGAAAUGUAUAUAAAAAUUUAACUGGAACUUGCAAUGGAGCUAUUAUUUUAUUAUUUUACUCGAUUAAAGCCAAUAUGGUAGUGAACUCAAGUGCCGAGUGUACACGAACCGAAAGUUCCGUUCUUGAAAGUUCCGUUUUAUUUUGUAAUAUUUAGGAAAACCGAUCGAUAUUGAAUCCUCCAUAUAGUAGACAACUCUUGGCACCAAGAAAUUUUACUGUACGAUAUAAUUGCACAUUCCUUACAUUACAAAUUGAAUAUUUUAAAUAAUAAUAUAAGUAUUAAUUUGGUGGUUACGCUUCAUUUUCAUGAAGUAAGAAAUAUCUAUUUAUGUAAUUUUCCAACUCAUUCUACUUGCUAAAUUUUACAAUGCUUACGAGAAAAUGAAAUAAAUAUGAUUAUAAGAGGCGAUGCAAGUCAAAUAAACUGUUCAGUCAGUUUCUAAACUUUACGUUCGGCUUCGGUUCAAACCAACUUAUUUAUUUUUUUAGAUUCGGUUAAAACCCCUCAAUAAAAUGAAUAUCAUUGGAAUCGGAAUCGUAUUUUCUUCAAUUGUUUUUAUUGUGUUCUCUGCACCGUUGCAAUCUAUUUCAGAUUUUCCUGGAAUUGAGUAUCAAUUGCCGAUGUUUGGUUCCCCAUUUGAAGAUAUGUCAAAGUUUGCCAUGAUUCAAGGUCCCGUUUUGGCUGCUCGACAACCGCUUGUAACGCAAUAUUUUUACCGACCUGCUCUGUUUGAAUCACCAUGGCAAUCAUUCCCCGAUGAACCCAGAGAAAUGAUUUAUUUACCAGCAUCUGCAGUUCAUUCGAAUCAACCACCAUUUUCACAAUCAUCAAUGCCAAAUUAUGUAUAUGGCACACGAAACUACGUUUAUCCACGCAAAUCGUAUGUGGAAUCAAAUCAUGGUUACGAUCAAAGAAACUACGGCUACGCAAAUCGUCAUCAGUAUCAACAGUUUUAGUCUGGUUUCGAUGUCUUAUGUAUUAUAUAGUAUUCUUUAUACUACAAAUUUUAAUCGAAUUGAAUAAAAAUAAAAUGUCUUACAUCCGUAAGAUGAACUUUUCCGCACUGUGA